AUGUCGAAAACAAGUUUAACUCUAUCACAAUGUAAAAUUUGCGGUGCAUCCGCUUCAUAUUCAUAUUAUGGCGCUAUGGCGUGUGAAUCAUGUAAGAUGUUCUUCAAAAGAAACGCGGAUAAUAAAAAGAAAACAUUUCGAUGUGAUUUCGAUGGAAAUUGCGAAAUAAAUGUUUAUAAUCGUCAUAUCUGUUCAGCGUGUCGAUUAAUGAAAUGCUUCAAAGCUGGAAUGUGCACCGAAAUGUUUCGUUCAUCCAGAAUUGUGAAAAGAAAAGUCGAAGCCAUUGCUUCUACGUCAUCGGAUGUCGUGCCAUGGAAAAGUCGAAUACCUCUACAGAUUCGCCCGUUAAACUUAUUAAACUAUGAUUCAUCGUUAUUAGAUAGUGAUCAAUGGUCAUUAAUGAGAAAUCUCGUUUGUUCGUAUGAUGAAAGACAUGCUAUUCAAGCUGGCAAAGAAUUUGUUCAAGAAUUAGAUCGAGCACAUCCAAAAUUACGUUAUCGAAUGAGUGAAAAACGAAUUUUAGAAAUUUGUGGAUUAAUUUACAAACAAACUGAGCCUUGCAUUCGAGCAAAUCGAGAUUUUCAUACUUUAUCAUCGCAUGAUCGUUCAGUUGUCUUACGUGGUGCUGUUGAUAAUGUUAGUUGUUUCGCUGGAGGAUUUACUUUAUGGAAUUCUGGCUUAAUCUUAGAUUCUGCUGUUCGGAAAGCGCUUGAAAGUGCAUUUGGCACAAUGGCAUUCAAUUUAACUUUAUUACAAACGUCUUUACUCGAUCAAGAUCUUUAUACAAUUAAAUUAACAUUAUCAUUAGUCGCAUUUUGUGCAAGUAAUUGUACAUCAUAUGAUGGAGAUUGUUCGACGAAUCAUUUACGAGAUCCACAAAAGAUUUUAUCGAUCGAAAAUAAAUAUUCGGAAUUAUUGUGGAAAUAUUUGUUAUACAAAUAUUCAUUUUCCGAUGCUGUGCGACGUUUCACUCAACUAGUUCAAUGUAUUGUUGUAACAUUAACAAUUCGAGUACAUUUACAAAACAUUCGAAACCAUACGGAUGUUGUCGAUUCACUUGUUCAACAGAUCGAAAAGCAACAACAAAUCGAUCUCGAAGACAACUAA